CCAUAUUCUUGCACCAUUCACCUUGAGCACCAUCAAAUUCCACAUUAAAUCUUGAACCAACAACAUGCAAAUUAUUUUUGUCACUUGUGCGUUUUCCAUGCUGCCCCACUCCAUGUACUUUGUUAUAACGUUCAUUUUUCUUGUUCAUACAUACGCCCUGUUUAUUAAGUUAAUAGUAGAUUAAAAUGUUCUCCAAAUACAGUAGGUAAUUGUUUAUAAAUGUACAAGUCCUACAUGCUCGUAAAAUAAACAAUAAUUCUAAAAUAUCCGACCCCCCGGAUUUUUUACACAACAAAAUGUGCCGAUUGUUAAUAUCUGCAAGACAUGCAAAUAUUCACGUUUCCAAAAACAUCUUGUAACUUGUUCAAUGUAAAAUAUUUGUAGAAAAAAACACCAAAUUGGUCAGAGAAAGUCGCGCUCAAACGAAAUCGAAAAUUACGUAAGAAUAGAAAAAUAUUUGAAUAAAAAAUUUUAAAUAAAUACCAAACUCGGAAUCUGUUUGUACAUUUACAAACAUCAUGCAAGGAAAUUUGCCGGGGGGUUCCCAAAAUAUAAUUAUGAACAUCGAAGUUUGUGUACAUGUUAUGGGAUUCGGUAUUUUGAUACCGCAAAUUUCUUGAAAAUUAUCGUAAUUAAAAGUUUAUAAUGGCGAGUUGUUGUGACCAGGUGAAGCAUAAAAACGUGGACGGUAUGUAAUGAUUAUUUUUUUAUAAUAAAUUUCGAUCUAGCCACUUGAUAUUGCUUCAAAAUGUUUUAUAACCAAUUGUCAAAAUUGUCAGCCAAAGGCGUGGGAUGACCUAUAUUAAUUAAUAAUUUGUAUAUUCACUAUAUUGCAGAUAAAUAUUGGGAUAAAGUGUUCAUGUAUAAAACUAAAUAGCUUCUAUUAUAAAACAUUAUUUAUUUUGUAUUCUCAUUUAAUAACUGAUUUAGGAUUAAAAUGUAAAUUUUAUAACGCCCUCUGCAGAAUGUAUGUUGCAUAUUUCUAUGCAUAUCAAAUUUCUAUAAUUGCAAUUCAGGCUACAAAGUUGGGCAAUUUUGACUACAAUAUAUUCUUAUUAAAGGAAAAAAAACCCAGUGAUUGUUAAACAGUUCAGGGCUGCCUUAGAUCUGUGCAUUUGUUAUAAAAGUUUGAUGCCUAUAGUUAUUAUUUAUUUAUCAACAUAAAUAUUUAAUAGCUACACCAAGAAUAUAUAAUUUUGUCAAUACCUAUUUAUUAAUGGCCUAACGUGAACUGCCUAGCUGUACAAGUGUUGCAGCAGUUUGAAUCGGAAAUACCUGAAAACAAUUUAAAACAUGCACCUCAAUGUGUUUACAGCUACAGUACCAGUAGCCUAUAAUGGUCCAGACCUUAGCAAUCAUUGCAAUAGUUAAUGGUUAUUUGCAUUGAAAAAGCCAAUCAGCAAACUUUUGGAGACAUUGGAAAAAUGUUGUUCCCCUUGGUCCCACACCUUUAGUUGGCCCCUUGGCCCCACCCUUUAGUUGACUUCCUUGGCCCCACCCUUUAGUUGACCUCCUUGGCCUCACCCUUUUGUUGACCACCUUGGCCCCACUCCUUUAGUUGAUGUACCCAACGUGAUGUACCCCCUUGGCCCCACCCUUUAGUUAUCCCCCUUGGUCCCACCUUUUAGUUGGACUCCAUGACCCAACCCCUAAGUGUCCGACGCUGACCAUUGUGCUAUACAAUUUCAGGACAUGUUCACUUUGCCGAAAGUGUCGAACCACAUAAUCUUAUCCAAGUGAAACAAGAUAGUGAUAGUCAGGUGCAAGUACAUGUUGGAUUCUUACAAACCAAUCAUAAAUAUGAAAUAAAAUUUGACGUUCCCAAUCUUGCUGGUGGGGAAGAAAUUUCUGGAUGUGAAAAAGUAUCAAAGGGUGUGAAAUUGGAAGUCGCUAAUGUUCAACCAACAGGUAAAAUUCCUUAAAUUCUCUACUAAUUCCCACUAUUUGAAAUAUAAGACUAGAAUUUAUCAAUCCUUUUUCUCAGAUUCAUCAAAUAGCAAUCUACAUAUCAUCAUUCAUCUAUCAGCUUUCAAAGAAGGUCUUAUGAAAAGUUGUUUUUCUCUGCAAAACAAAGACAAGAAAGAAUUUGACAUCAUUGUUCAUGCUCGAGUGUUGGGAAAAUAUAGUGGGACACCUAUGGUGAAGGAUGGCAUUCAUUGUAUGGAGGUUAUAAAGGAUGAUGUUGAUUCCGCGAGUGAAUUGACUUAAAAUUAUAAAGAGCAUAAUGUACUGAUUCUAGACACUUAUUUGUCACACUCCACUGACACUUCACACUUGUAUCCGAUGCACAUACAAAACACUUUAUGUCAUAUUACAUGAAUACCUCAAACCUUACUUUGAAAUCAUACUCACAAAUCCAUGCCAAUUCCAUCAAUUUUGUACAAUUUCAAUUAUGAAAUAGUUUAAAUAAAUACAGUUGUAUACAAUUAAUAUGCUAAAUAUGCUAUACCUUGUAA